AUGGCCGAUCCGAGAGCCAUUGUCGCACUGGUUAUCCUUCUAUUCAUCUUCUUCUCGCCACCACCUGGUCAGGAACCACUGGUGCGCGCCCGCUCGCGCCUCGAACACGUCGUCACCACCGAACAUCAUGACUUGACUAUCCUCAACCAGACACGCUUUGGAGACUUCGACCCGGUACAGAACAAGUGGCUCAACAUGAGCGGAUUCCGAGAGGAUGACCUCUUCGCAUGGCAAGCGCUACCACUCGUCAAAGAACGUGCUAGACACCAGGUAGCACAUGCCUUAGGCCACGACAAUCUGGCGCGUCUCGGUAGUGGAGAGGACGAUAGACCGGCGCUGCCGCUGUACCGAAAUGUAACUGGUACCAUGUACGGCAAAUGGGUUCGCUCGCCCGUACAGACAUCAGUUGUGCCGCCCAGGCUGAACAUGACCGAAUACUCGCCUGUCGGUCCUUUUGGCCCAAUACCAGUCCGAUCUUUCAACAAGAACGUCACGGCAAAGUCUGGUUCGCUAGAAGUCUGGUUCGAAGAGGCAGAUACACAAGAGACGCUAUUAUGGCAUGGGGAUAGAAGAGUGGCUAGGGAGGUGAAAGCCCAGAUCUCGGUAGGAGAUGCAGAGGCAGGUGACUCCUGGGACAGUAGGCUGUUUGGUAUACACUUCCUAGAUACCGGCAACAUCAUGCUGGCUACCACUACCGACAAGUUUGCUGGUAUAUUCGCAUUGCCACACAUGGCCCUGUCUGACUACAACUACCACUCUGCCCAGAGACUACUGAAUCGCACGCUUGGAAUGACUAUUCGCGACCAGGAGGAUGGCUAUCUGCAAAGCUUUAGUCCUUGGGCGCCGACCCCCGAUGGUAGUUCCGACUCUUCGCCAUCUCCCACGUGUGACUUGAUUGUCUACCUUCAGCAACACUUGGUGCCAGUGCCUGGAGUCAAGCCUGGACCUGAUCAGGAAACUCUGCUGUCGUUCAUCGAGCAGGAAAUUCGCUUUCCAACUGGUGCAUCCAUUCCGGCUACUCAGCACAUCGCUUUCUCAAUGGUGGCAUUCUCGCCAGAUUGUGGCUUUGUGCUCGAAUCAAAAGGACCACCAGACUUUGCACCGCAGGAAGCCAAUCACUUGCGUGGUCUCAAGCUUGAGGUCGAAUAUGAGCGAGCAAGACGACAUCUGCUUCUGUUCGCCGCUAUCAUGAGUGGGCAACUGUUCUUCUUCCUACGUCAAAUGCGUGACGCAAGCACACCUUCCACUAGAAGCAGAAUCAGCUUCUACACCAUAAGUAUGCUAUCGCUAGGUGAUGGUUUUAUCACCAUGGUCCUUUGCUUGAUCAGUCUCUUCAUCCAAGCUCUUUGGGUGCCAUUGAUAGCCACUGCUUUCCUCGCUUUCAUGAGUGUAAGUUUCUUCGGGAUGAGAUUCUUGAUGGACAUAUGGGCAGUUCAAGCGCCCGAAAGAGAACGCAGGGAACGGCAAGAGCGACAGCGAAUACAACAACUAGCGGCUACCACUGUAGCUCCGCCUACAAUUCCAUCGGGCACGAUGGAGAAUGCACCCGCUCAAAUAUCUACGCCAUCACAAAUGCCGGUCAUCACCGCUGCAGGAGCAGAAACGCUGCCUCCCCCUGUAACAGCUCCACGACCGAUCGAUACCGGAGCCACGCCGGUCUUCAUCCCUUCGGAUCAAGACACUCAGGCUGAGGAAGACGCUCCUAAUACCGCAGCUACAGGAGUGGAGGCUGGCCAACGUGCCCCAGGAUUUGGUUCUCUUUAUACCCGCUUCUACUUCCUUCUACUGGUCACAUUGUUCCUGUCCUUGAAUGCGACCUCAUGGCCACCGGCUCUUCGACGAGGCUACUUUACCAUUUUGGCUUUCUGCUAUCUAUCCUUCUGGGUUCCACAGAUCCAUCGUAAUUGCAUGCGUAAUUGUCGGCAUGCAUUACGCUGGGACUUUGUAGCCGGCGAAUCUUUGCUGCGACUCAUGCCGUUUGCAUACUUCUAUGGCUACGAACAGAACGUUCUGUUUGCGGCUGUUGACUUGAUCGAUCUAGGUGUACUGGCUGGCUGGAUCUGGAUACAAGUGUUGUUGCUGUUGAGUCAGGAGAUCAUAGGUCCUCGUUGGUUCGUGAGCGGUACUUGGGUGCCACCGGCCUAUGACUACCACCCUAUCCUUAGAGAUGAUGAGGAAGCUAAUAAUUUGCCUAUUGGGGCGACUACCUCGACGCCUUCGCCAGAGCAGGCAAAAGAGGCAAAGGACAAAGGCAAACGUGUCUUUGAUUGCGCUAUCUGCAUGCACGAGAUCGAGGUGCCGGUGCUAAAUGGGGAGUCCGCGGCUGAGGGUAUCACGACUGGCUCAUUGGUCUUGGAACGGAGGAAGUACAUGGUUACACCGUGUAGGCAUAUCUUCCAUUCUAGCUGUCUCGAGGGCUGGAUGAAGUUCAGACUCGUCUGUCCCAUCGAUCGCGAGGAGUUGCCCCCACUGUAG